CUUUCUUCCUUCGCACCACAAAUCAUGCCCAAUUAUACAUGCGUCACGACCCGUUCGAUGCCCUAUAAAUACCAGCCAUCGCCAAUCUCCCGCCGGCAUCCACCAGCAAUUCAGCCAGAGACAGUCAGCCAUGGCAUCCUCAUCCUCCUCCUCUGUUUCUGCAGCUCUGUUGCUCUGCCUCCUCCUGGCAUUCCAUGGCGUCUCCUGCGCAGCCAAGGCCAAGCACGGCAGCGGGAGCAAGAAGACGCACCACUCUCCUCCCAAACCCCACGCGCCAUCUCCUCUUCCUGCUCCUCCGGCUACCAUCAUCCCUCCCCCUGUUGCGACGAACGGUUCCUCCAAUUCUAGCUCGCCCGGCGCCGGCGACGAGGGGUGGAUGGACGCGAGGGCGACGUGGUACGGCGCGCCCAACGGCGCCGGCCCCGACGACAAUGGCGGGGCCUGCGGUUUCAAGGACGUGAACCUGCCCCCGUUCUCCGCCAUGACAUCCUGCGGCAACGAGCCGCUCUUCAAGGACGGCAAAGGCUGCGGCUCCUGCUACCAGAUAAGGUGCCUGUCGCGUAUGCACCCGGCGUGCUCGGGGGUGCCGGAGACGGUGAUCAUCACGGACAUGAACUACUACCCGGUCUCCCGCUUCCACUUCGACCUCAGCGGCACGGCAUUCGGCGCCAUGGCGAAAGACCAGCGCAACGACGAGCUCCGACACGCCGGCAUCAUCGACAUGCAGUUCAAGAGGGUGGCGUGCCAGUACCCGGGGCUGACGGUGACGUUCCACGUGGAGCACGGUUCGAACCCGUACUACAUGGCGAUCCUGGUGGAGUACGAGAACGGCGACGGUGACGUGGACCAGGUGGACAUCAUGGAGUCCACGCCGGACGGCAGCGGGGAGCCCACGGGGCAGUGGGUGCCCAUGAAGGAGUCGUGGGGGUCCAUCUGGCGGAUGGACACGCGGCGGCCCAUGCACGGCCCGUUCUCGCUGCGGAUCACCAACGAGUCCGGCCAGACGCUCGUGGCGGACCAGGUCAUCCCCGCCGACUGGGAGCCCAACGCCAUCUACAGCUCCAUCAUCCAGUUCGACUGAUCUAGAUUCAUUCCUCAUCUGUAUGGAAUUGAAUGAUGCAUCAUGUGCGUUGUUGAUCGAUUAAUGUGAUCGAGACGUCGCCUGUGACGUCCGGCCGGUGCGUGUCGUGUCCAUCGUAUCAUUCGUACAUAGUUCGCCUAGUACGUACAUUCAUUCUCUGCCCUGUGACCGAUGCAAUAUUAUACCAUAUUAAUAAACUUUGGAUUAUUCCGCGCGCGGGCGAGAUA